AUGGAAGACGCAGAAGAAGACGGCUACGGCAGCGAAGCCUGGGGCGAGAUCGACUACAACGACCUCAUCGCCGUCGCCGACGAAGUCGAGAAAAAAGCCACACCCACCAAGCCGCCAGCACCCACACCCGCACCAAAAACACCAGCAUCAGCAUCAGCUCAGCAGCUAUGGUUCACAGACGACGAUUUUGAUGACUUUGACGAUGAUGACAUGCUCAGUGCCGCGGUGCCCAGUAUCGCAAUCUCGGACGAGGUGGAGGUUGUGGAUCUGACGAGCUCGGUGGAGACGCUGAGGGCUAACACACCGCCGCUGAGGGCUGACACACCGCCGCUGAGGGCUGACACACCGCCGCUGAGGGCUGACACACCGCCGCUGAGGGCUGACACACCGCCGCCAUUGCCGAAAUGGCGGGUGGAGAGCCCAAGCCCGAGCUCGAGGGCGAGGCCGCCGGGCGUUGCGUCGAAUGCCCCACAGACCCCGCAGCAGAAUAGAGCAAAUGUCGUAAAACGGAAGCCUUCAAAUCCCCACCUCGACAGUGAGAACCGCGGCCGCCGCAGAGUCGAGUACUCAGGCACGAUCUUCCCGCGCUUCACCCUUGCCUACGAGGAUGACCUCGCCUCCGCCGUGACCGUCGCCGAGUUCUCGCUGCGCCUCAUGGAGGUACUCACCAGCGUGCUGCGCGAGUUCCUGAUCGCAAACGCCGCCGCGUACCCGCUGGGCUGGCGGCAGAUGAAGGCCGACGAGAUCAACCGCAUGGUGGGGCACCGCAAGGCCGACGUGCUGUUCAAGGGCUGGGACUUUCUCGCGCUGGCGAACAUUGUUAUGGCACACAGUCGCUCUUUACCGGCGUUUGUGAAGAACCCGAUGGGUGUGGUGGAGCGGCUGAGGGUGCUGAAGACGACGAUGAGGUGGACGUUUGCGCAUUCGUCACUGCAGGAGGAGGAGAGGAAGCAUCCGAUGGAGAUGAGCCUGUGGGCGAUUAAUACGCUGUUUUUGAUUGAGAACUUGGGUGUCUCGAUGGAGUAUGCGGGGAGGGUCAUUGCGCUGCAUCAGGGACUUUGGUCCCGCGCGAGGCAGCCAUCGCCGCCGCCAUAUGUGUCGCAGGAUGUAAUCUAG